UCCAGCACUAGCAGGCACUAACUCUCUCAGCGCAUAGUUUGCUCUUUUUUAGUGGGUAUUCGAGUGGGUAGUUUGCUGCUUGACUUGAAUUGUGCACUCUUGCGCUUCAUGGACUGACUGAUUCAAUAGACUGACCAUAGAACCAAAAAAACGAACGAGCCAAAUCAAAUAAUACAAUUGCCUAUUGAAGUUUAACUUACCAUGUCGCCGGAUUAUUGUUAGCCAUUUGCGUGGCUUCGUCUAUUUCGCCAGGGGCCGCAGCUUGGCAUCAGUCUAUUUUGGCCAACUGGCAGCUGCAGUUGGCAUCGCAUCGAGAUGGAGCUGAAAGGUCUCUUCAUAUUGUGCUCACUGCAGAUGCUAGCCGUGAGUGCGGAGCCUGGCUACGAGCAUAGCAAUCGGAAUGCUGAACUCGAGAGUCCGGACAGCAUUUUGGACGUGGAGGCAGCUGAGUCUGUGGAGCAUGGAGCAACGGGCAAACAGCUCAGAGUGGCUGGCAAAUCCUCGGCCAGGUAUGCGGACUACGAUUACUAUACAACGGGUCGGCGCACAAUGGACACGGUGCCAGGUGAGAAUGAUCUGAGUGGCGCUGCAGCGAUACGCACACCUGGGCGAGACCAGAGCUUGGGUUACGUACGGAAGCCCGCGGACGAGAGGAUGGCCAAUCCAUUGCCCUGGUAUGGACAGUAUACGGGCAAAUCGAUUGCCAUGUAUCCAUCCAGGUCGUACGACCCGUACAUCAGACGCUACGACAGAUUUGAUGAGCAGUACCAUCGCGCCUAUCCGCCGUACUAUGAGGACAUGUACGUGCAUCGGCAGCGCUUCGAUCCCUACGAUAGCUACAGUCCACGAGUGCCCCAAUAUCCGGAACCCUAUCUCAUGUAUCCCGAUCGCCAUCUGGACACCCCACCGCCGGCAGACUACAUCAAGUCGCGGCGUGGCUAUAUCGAUGAUCCCAUGGCUAUGGCCAUGCCCGUGCUCGACUCCUACAGCAACAAAUAUGUCUCGCCCAAGCUGCCGCAGCAGCUGUCGUCGCCCCGCAACCGCAACGAGCGAGUCGUCUACUAUGCCCAUCUGCCGGAAAUCGUGCGUACGCCGUACGACAUGCCCGUCACCCGUAAGGAUCGCAAUGCAGCCACCGUCGCAGCCGCAGCGCUCGUGGCACAGCCCGCGGCCUUUAAGCCCAACAAGAAGAAAUUGAAGACGCUGCAACGAAGCGACAAUUCGACCAACUAUAAGCAAAUCUUCUAACUGGCCUAUGCUCUUUCCCACGAAUAUUGUUCAAGGCAUUCUUUUUGCUUAGAGAUACCUCUAAUCUACUCUAAAUAUUUUUUUUUCUAUUUUAGAAUUUUCUAUAUUUUAUUUAAUUGUACUUCAAUUUAUCAUGAUUUUUUUAAUAUCUAUGCAUUUUUUUUUUGGCAGAGAUUAAAGUUUAGUUCUUAAGACAAUUUUUAACCUAAAUUAUAAUAGUUUUUUUUUUAUAAAAAAUUUUGUUUUCUACGGUAGCACUUGCAUUAUCAG